AUGAUAUAAUAUAUUAAAGAAUAUUACUAAUUAGAAGAAUUUUUAAGCUCUUCACUUUUAUCACAUUAGGUUCUCCAUAUUGAUCUCAAUAACAAAUAAAUUGGUGAUGAAGGUGCAUCAGGCUUAGGUUCUGCUUUAGCAAAUUGCAUAAAUCUCUCAAAUUUGACAGUUGAUCUUUAGAAGAAUUAAAUUGGUGAUGAAGGUGCAUCAGGCUUAGGUUCUGGUUUAGAAAAUUGCAUUAAUCUCUCAAAUUUGGCACUUGAUCUUAGGGAGAAUUAAAUUGAUGAUGAAGGUGCAUCAGGCUUAGGUACUGGUUUAGAAAAUUGCAUUAAUCUCUCAAAUUUGACACUUAACCUUUAUUACAAUUAAAUUGGUGCAAUGGGUGCAUAAGGCUUAGGUUGUGGUUUAUAAAAUUGCAUUAAUCUCUCAAAUUUGACACUUGAUCUUAGGGAGAAUUUAAUUGGUGACGAAGGUGCAUCAGGCUUAGGUUCUGCUUUAGCAAAUUGCAUUAAUCUCUAAAAUUUGAAACUUGACCUUUAGGAGAAUUAAAUUGGUGAUAAAGGUGCAUCAGGCAUAGGUCCUGCUUUAGCAAAUUGCAUUAAUCUCUCAAAGUUUAAACUUUAUCUUAGGGAGAAUAAAAUUGGUGAUAAAGGUGCAUCAGGCAUAGGUUCUGCUUUAGCAAAUUGCAUUAAUCUCUCAAAUUUUAAACUUUAUCUUAGUGGAAAUAAAAUUAGCGAUGAAGGUACAUAAGGCUUAGGUUCUGGUUUAGCAAAUUGCAUUAAUCUCUUAAAUUUGACACUUGAUCUUAUGGAGAAUUAAAUUGGUGAUAAAGGUGCAUCAGGCAUAGGUCCUGCUUUAGCAAAUUGCAUUAAUCUCUCAAAGUUUAAACUUUAUCUUAGUGGAAAUAAAAUUAGCGAUGAAGGUACCUAAGGCUUAGGUUCUGCUUUAGCAAAUUGCAUUAAUCUCUCAAAUUUGACACUUUGCCUUGUUAGUAGCAAUUAAAUUGGUGCAAUGGGUGCAUAAGACUUAAGUUCUGGUUUAGCAAAUUGCAUUAAUCUCUCAAAUUUGACACUUUAUCUUAGGUAAAAACAAUUUAUUUGUUUUGGAUUUUGA